AUGGAACCGUCCACGGCUGCUCCCCGCGGGCCCUCGUCCGUUACUUCGUCACGCCGGUCGAGACGCCAUCAUCGCUUCGGAAGCCGUUCUCACGCCGGUGGUUCAUCCCACCAGCAGCUCAACGAGUUCCCCGUAUUCUCCGCGACGGGAGACGUGGAGAUAGUGAUUCGCGCCGCAGAUCAGGAGCGCCGGUACCUGCUGCACCGACUGAUACUGGCGCAAAACUCGGGCUUCUUCGAGGCUUCUACGAGUGACGAGUGGUCGAGUGUGCAGGCACAACGCGAGAUCACCGCUGCUGUCACCGCUGCUACCUCGAACAGAGCCGGAGGAGCGGAUGCGUCUGCUCAGUCGCCGUUAGAGGUCGUGUACGAGCUUGGUGAGAACAAUGACGAUAACGACGAGGAGGAGGAUGGCCCUCGGACCAGCGUCGAAUCCAGACGAUCGUUGACAGUUCGCACGGGUAUCCCACCGGCAAAGACGAGAUGGAGAUAUGAGCUAGACUGGGACAACAGAGAAGGGGAUGAAGUGCCUAUUCUCGUGCAAAAGGUACAGUCUUCUGCCCUGGCCGUUGGGAUAUACAACAUGCUAACGCGCAUACCGGAAAAGCCCCCCAGCAAUAGCAACUCGGUCUUUGGACAGGCUGCACAGCAGUCACAUCCGCCACUGCCAACUCGAAACAAGCCUCUAGCUCCCCAGCAAGGGUUCUUUCGAUCGAUGGCAAACCUGUCUGGGAUUCAGUCAGCCCUUCACCUGCCUCUUGCAACUCAGUCUGAGGAGACAACGCCUGUCGACCCUACAAUCCGUGACUACGAUAACCUCUUUCGAAUCUUCUACAACUAUGCGCCGCAGCUGAACCCGCAUAAUAUCACCAUAGCAUACUCCCAAUGCAAGUCGUUAAUCGCGCUGGCUGAUAUGUACGAUGCCUUGACCGUCACCGGCCCUCGAGUGGACUAUCAUUUAUUGCGCUUCUCCUCUUCACUUUACAAGCAUAUCGCGAAAUUUCCAGCAAGUUACAUCAAGCUUGGCUAUCAGGCUCGCAGUCGUGUUAUUUUUACAGAGGCUCUUAUUCAUAUUGUGGGUGACUGGCCUGUCUCCUUGCCCCUUGUUGGCCGAGACCAUAAAUCGCCACUCCCAGACACGGUGCUAGAUCUUAUAGAAGACAAAGUCGAAGAUCUACAAGAUGCAAUUAGAAGGGCAGAGUCGAAGCUCUUCCGGCUUACACUGACGACCUCGCGUGGGGAACGAGUUAGCCCAUUCAAUAACUACCUGGACUGGUUGGCAGUCUCACUAUUCCGGCAAUGGCUGGUCGAUAAUACCACUCCCCCUCCGCCUCCUAUAUUGAAGGCCCAGCCUACACUGCCAACCCGCACCCAAAGAGAUGGUAGGAGUGGUAACCCUUCAGCUUCUACCCGCAAUGUAUCCGUUGUUGGCAGCAGUGGCGGCGGCGGACGCCAUCAUAAUACUUCCAACUCUACCUCCUCACGUCGAUCAACCAGCAACACCGCUACCGGCCGCCCUUCUACUGGAAAUUCAACUACCAACGGGGAUGAAGCCAGCCCCCAGAUCCCGUUCUGUAUUGGUCGAACAUACAGACUCAUUGGGUCUUCCAAUUCGCAGGCAUAUCUGACCCAUGAUGAAAUCAAACGCUUCCUCAAACUGCAUCCAACCUCUUACUCCCGUGAGAAUCUGAAGCGAUUCGAGAGCAAAAUGGACGAACUUAAGCGAUUGGCAAAGGAAAUUGUGAAACCGCUGAUGCGAAACUUUCUCGAGCUGGACUUGAAAAGUACUGGUGGCGAAGGUGAUGCGUCGUCUUCUAGGUCAUUAGUGACCUAUUUGACUUGUACAAGAAUCGAGGAAGCUGAUCUUCCUUGGUAUUGA